AUGAUCUGGGAAGCAUUGACACCUCAGCGUAGAUUCAUGUUCUCGAAGAAGUAUGGACAUAUAGCAGAGUUGAUGUAUAUACCGGUGAAUUAUUUUGCCUUAAGAGCCAUAAUUAAUUUUGGGGAUCCAGCAUAUGGUUGUUUCACGUUUGGGUCAUGUGAUUUACUGCCAACCAUAGAAGAAUAUCAAGCUAUGCUUAGCAUGCCUCAAAAAGAAAGAGAAAUUGUUUAUUUCUUUAACCCUAAGCAGACAACAAAAAGGACCUUGUCAAAGUUUUUAGAAACCGUCCAUGCCACAGAAAUUCAAAAGUAUAUAAAAGCUAAGGGUGGAGAAGAGAAUGUGCCAUUUGAUUAUCUAAUAAAGAUGACGCAAACAUACAUUGAUGAAGACAAAGGUCUUACACUAUUGGCAUUGUGCAUUUACGGAGCGGUGAUUUUUCCUAAAGCAGAGGGUUAUGUUGAUAGGAAAGUGAUCAAAUUGUUUUUUCAAAUGGAACGAGGAGUCAAUCCUAUUAUACCUAUUCUGGCUGAAACUUUUCGAUCUCUUAACUAUUGUAGAAAUAAAGGGGAAGGAAAAUUGAAUUGUUGUGUUCCAGGAAAAUUGAAUUGUUGUGUUCCUUUAUUAUAUAUUUGGAUACACAGCCAUAUCAAAUUUCCCGCAGAGUUUAGGUGUCCAAGGUUAGAUUUCAGCAGCCCAUGGAAUUUAAUGCGCAACACAAUCAGUGAGUUUGGUAUGGCAGUUUGGGAUCCAACAUAUCCAAGGAAGGAGGCUUGGUUGUCUUUCUUUGCAAAACUGACUUCUGAAAAUGUCAUAUGGAAGGCUCAAUGGAUGCCUUUAAAGGCGGUGAUAUAUAGAUGCGGAGAUUUUCACAAUGUGCCUUUGUUGGGACCAUGGGGAGGUGUUAACUGUACACCAUUGUUAGUUUUGCGUCAGGUGUGGCUCAAACAGUUUAUACCACCAACUCAUAAUCUGCAAGAGUCUGAUUUUUCAUAUGAUCCUGAAGAUUGUCAAGGAAAAAAAACGUCAAGCAGUAUGCGCAUGGAAAUCUAUAAGAAAGAUAAAAGACAAAGGACAUUAUGA